CCCCGGGCGGGGGUCGCGGCCCGGGAGGCAGCUCUUGCUCCCGCCUCUGCGCCGCGGGGCCCGCCGCGCGCCCCGCGUUCCUGGAAGCCCGCGGGGCGCGGGAAGAAGGACGCACCCAGGUGAAGCGCAGGGAGCCGCACUGUUCGGAGCGAGCUGCGCUGGGUUUGGAAUCCCUGGAGGAGCAUGUCUGCGCCGGGAGGAUGUCCCGGAGGCACCACCACCUCAGCUGGGGCACCACGUGGCUUUGGGGUGCAGGGCUGGGCAUCCGCACGGCCACCCUCUGACCCGGCUCAGGGGCAGGGCGGCAGGUCGACAGCCCAGCGGCCUCAGCUCCAGGCCCUCCCCAGGCACCGUUCAGAGUUUGCCGGUGUGAUUCAUCAGUGCAGUGGGUUGCCUCAGGGCCUCGGGCUGUCCCUGGAGACGCCCUCUGCAUUCUCAGCCUCAUUCCCGCGCCCGCCCGGGAGUUUGACAGCUCAGGGACACCGUCUCCUGGGACUCCGGGCCCCGUCCCCAGGCAGGUGGCCCCCGGGGGACAGGCUGCUGCGUUUCUCCCCAAGCCUCGCUCCCCGGUGCCACCUGGUGUGUCAGGGUCGCCCCGGGCCCCCUUCCGAGACGGUGUUUCUGUUGCACGAGUUCACGUCCUUGAUUCGGAUCCUUCUCGCCCAGGCCUGUGCAGCCACGGCGUAAUCUCUGGUCAAUGGCCACAGUGAGCACGCAGCCCGGUCUGAGAGUGCCCGCUGGGCGAUGCGGACCUCGAACCCGCGACGUGGCCGUCCCAUCGACACUCUGAACCUGGACUCAAGGAGGGUUCCAAGGGGCCGCCGCCGCCGCCACCGCCGAGAAUGAGCUGCCCCGCGAGGUCCGUCUCGCCGCCCCGGGGCCCCAACCCCCCGCUCUUGAACCUGCAGAGAAGCCUGCGUGGCCUCCGCCUCGCUAGCGCCUGGGCAGCUGUUUGAGGAUGUGACGCGAGCUGGCAGACGGAGCCCGGCCUCGGCGCGCCUCCCCGUCGCUAGAAUGUUCCUCAUGAACGCCCCUCCUGUGCUUGCUCUCCAGUCCACAUGGGAGGCCUUCGGGCGGCCGGGGAGCUGUAGGUUUCCCGGGCGCCUGCCGCAGCCGGGGGGCGCGGGGCGCGCGGCCGUGAGCGCCAGGGUGCAGAUGAUCAUCAGCUCGCUCCAGGGCGACCGGGCCGCCGCGCGGGGCAGGAGUCAGGAGCGCGCCCUGCACAGGGGCCCCAGGGGCCGCGAGGCCCAGCCGGCCGCUGCCUCUGCAGCCUGCGGUCUCGCGGCCAAGUUCGACCCCAAGCAGGAGGAGGAGGAGGAGGCCGCAGACGCGGGGCCCCUGGGGCUGGACUCGGACAGCGACGACUCCGUGGACCGGGACAUCGAGGAGGCCAUCCAGGAGUACCUGAAGGCCCGGAGCGGGGCCGCCGACGGGGAGGGUCCGCCGCGCAAGCCGGAGCCGCCCCAGAGCUGCGCCCCACCCGCCCCGUGCGCCCCCAGGCGCGCCCCCGCCUCCGGAGGUGCCCCCGGCAGCCGCGCCGCGGGAGCCGGCGGGGCUCCGGGCUCCGCCUCCCCCCUCAGCGUCAGCAGCGAGGACUCCUUUGAGCAGAGCAUCCGGGCGGAGAUCGAGCAGUUCCUCAGCGAGAAGAGGCAGCACGGGGCCCCCAGACGGGACGCGCCCACGGACCCACAGCUGGACCCCGGCGCCGCCAGAUCCUGCAGAGAGCCGGGCAUCCGGGCGCAGCGGCCAGAGUCGGCAGGCGCCUGCAGGGAGUUCGUCUUCCGGAAACCGCCCAGGUUGGCCAAGGCGGCGGCACAGCCCAGGAGCCUCAGGCCCAAAGCCACCCCAGAGCCGGAGAGCUGGGGCGGCCCGAGGCCAGCCGCACCCAGGCCACUGGCCGCCUGCCGCCCUGCAGAAGCCCAGAGUAAAGGUGGGGCCAGGAGGAACCCCGGCCCCGGGAGGCGGGGCCAGGGGCCCAAGGGUGCAGCGGGUGCCACAGCCCCGGCGCGCCAGGCCUCCGACUCCAGCAGUGACGACGGCAUCGAGGAGGCCAUCCGGCUGUACCAGCGGGAGAGGAGGAAGGAGGCCGGUGGGGACCCGCCGGGGGAGGGGCCGCCCGAGCCCCCUGCCCGCGGUGCGAGCCUCGCCACGAGAAGUGCCUUGCCCGAUACCCCCAGGAAGACGCCAGGCAGGAAGAAGCCGGUGGCCUCCAAGGCCGCGGACCUGGGCCCGGGGGGCCCUGAUGCCGCCCAGCCCCCCAAGCCACCGAAGGAGACCAAAGCCCCCGCCCCCCCAGGAAGCGCCGCGGCCAGGAGCGAGUCUGGGGACCGGGCCCCGUGCCGGGCAGACACGUCCGCCGAGCUGAUGUGCGCCGAGGCCAUCCUGGACAUCUCCAAAACCAUCCUGCCCGCCCCCGGGGAGGGCGGUGACGGACCCCCGUCCUGCGGCCCGCCCCCUCGGGCCCCCCGAGUGCCUUCCCGCCACUGCGACGGGGAUAGCAGCUCUGUGGACAGCGACGACAGCAUCGAGCGGGAGAUCCGGACGUUUCUGGCGCGGAAGGCACAGGCGGGGACUCCGCUGGCCGGGACGGAGCCCUGCCCGCGGACCGCACAGAGCCCGCUGCUGCUACCGCCACUGCCACCACCGCCGGGCCUCCACGGUCAGGCCAGCGGCCCCAAGGCCCCCGCCUCCAGAACGCUGGACCUGUCGCUGGGCCGCAGCAGGAAACGCCGGGGAGGCAGCGCCCCCGUGUGGUCGUCCACCCCCAAGAAGGCGAGCGAGGCGGCAAAGGAGGGCGCCCCGGACGGUGACCCCGGCCAGGGGAGAGCCAGCGAGGCCCCCGGCCGGGAGGGCGAGGCCCGGGCGCAGCCACCACCCUGCAGGACCGUUGGGCCGGGUGACGAGCCGGUGGCCCCAGACGCGGCGCGGGGCGGCGUGCCACCCAGCCCCGGGAAGGCGGCCGAGUGCAGGAGCGCGGAGGAGAAGGGGAGCUCCGAGGACAAGAGCAGCUCGUUGGACAGCGACGAGGACCUGGACGCCGCCAUCAAGGACUUGCUCCGGUCCAAACGGAGGCUCAAGAAGCGGUGCCGGGACCCCCGAGCCGCGAGCAAGAAGAAGGUCCGGUUCAGCACCCGCGAGGCGCGGGCCCCCGGCCAGCAGGGCGGCGCCCCCCAGAGAGGCUGGAAGGACAGGAGCCCCCACCUGCUCAAGAGCUGCCUCUCCAAGGCCGACAGGGACAGCAGGGAGGACCCGCCGCGGAAGCCUUCCGGCGUCUUCUGCAGUGGGACGGAGAGAGCAAAGCCAAGCGGCACUGGGCCCCCGGACACGCCCCCGGUCCCCCUGCUGGGACGGAGAGCCUGCCGAGGGCGCGGGUGCCCCGGCCACCUUCACGGCGCAGCCGCCAGCCCCAGCUCUCGGUCUGAGGACAGCAGUUCCGUGGACAGCGACGACAGCAUCGAGCUGGAGAUCCGGAAGUUUUUGGCCGAGAAGGCCAAGGAGUCUGUGAGCAGUUUAGAGGCUCCGGGAGGAGGUCCCACCACACUCGGGCCGGGCAGUGCGCCCAGGCCGGAGCCACCGGGCCGGAAGGUGGCGGCGGUGGCCCCCGCCCUGGCUCUUCAGCCCAGGGUGUGCACCCGGAGCCAGAGGGGCAGGGGGACCCCGCAGCCAGCCGCGUGGGGGCCGAGGGGCAGCCCCCACGCGGAGCAGGCCUGCCUCCCCGCUGCCCCGCCCAGAGGCCAGCGGGCGCCCCCCAGGAGCACCAGCGAGACCCCGUCUGCCCGAGGGCCCCCCGCGGGCAGGAGAAACCUUCAUCCCCGCAGAGACCCGAGCCCCAGAGGGGCCGGGCCUGCCGCGGGGGACAGCGCCUUUGGUCGGCCGUCCAGCUGCGCAGAAGUGGGCGCUGGGGCCGGAAGCCUCGGCGGGACCUCACCCGUGACCCCCCGGGGCGGCAGCACCCUGACGCGGAGCCUGGGCGCGGACAGGGAGGGCGGGCCCCCAGCCGGCCUCGCGCUCCCGUGGGGCGACUUCGCCCACCAGAGGCGGCUGCAGAGCGCGUGGGCCCCGAGCUCGGACGGCGGGGACGCGGCCUGGAAGGGGGGUCCAGGGGGCGACAGGGAGAAGGGGGCGGAGGGCCCGGCCCGGGGCGCGCCCGACCUCACCGGGGACCCCAAGAAGGGGCUGCCCUUCGCGGGCCUCUCGCCGCUGCGGCCCACACAGCUGUUCCCCUUUGGGAACACCGUGGCCUGGGGCGCCGCGCCGGCCGGCCUCUUCGGCCCUGGCCUGGGCCCGCCUCUGCAGGGCCCGUCCUUCUCGGCCUUCCGGGAGGCCCCGGCCGGGCCCGGGCCCGUGUUCGGGGGCUCGCACCUGCUGGGGAAGAAGGAGGGUGGGCGCUGGCCCCGGCGGAGGGCUCCGGCCGCACUCAGCUUCCACGGCGGCGGGCACUCGGGGUCGGACGAGGACGUCCUGGACCUGCGGUACCGGCGGAGGGCGGACAGGGACCUCGCCCAGGACCCGGAGGCCUGGGGCAGUGACGCCAGCGAGCUGAGCGACACCUCCGUGGAGGACGGCGGCCCCUCCAUGGCCCCCAGCAAGGCCCUGAAGCUGUGAGCCCACGAGUCUGGUGGCGCCGCCGCGACCCCCCUGUACAUAUGUACGCCAACGGGAUCGAUGCCCCUAUUUAACAGCCGUGUCCUGGUAAAUACGAGUUUUGUAGCUUUUUUUGUAAAUUAUUUAAAGUGCUGUAAAAACUAUUUUUGGAGAAUAGAGCUGUUUGAUUUUGUAGGGCGUCCCUGACGGCAGUUUCCGUGGGCUCCGUGGAGCAGCCCGGGGUGACCGAGGUGGACAUCCGGCUGUGCUGGGGGAGGUGGUGACGCCCCCACGGUCUCCGUCCGGAGGCUCCUGGACAUCACUCGCCAUAGGGCACCCUGGGCCAAGAGGCCGUGGGACACCCACUGGGCACGGCGGCCCGGCCCUCCGGCCAGAGAAACGUGUCAGAGCACAAGUGCCAGUGGGCACGCGGGUCACUCCCGGUGCACGCGGACGGCCCAGGAGGGAGCGCACGCAGGCCGCGCCGGCCCCCGGGGGACCCAUGUUGUCCACGUCCAGCCCCGUUCAGGGACUACAUGGUUCUCACGAUUCAAUAAACCUCUUUGUACACGGGA